AUGAACUCAUCUUUCUACAUGCUGCGAAUGACUGACCUCAGGGUUUCUAUCUUGAAUUUGUCAAACCUGAACUGGCUAUUCAAGAACUUUAAGUUCAAAAUUGCAGUUAAGGAUCAAUAUAGCGUCUGUACCAGGAACAGGCUAAAUGAAAGCCUCAACCUUUUUUUGUCUUCUUGGAACGGGUUCAGGUUUGAAAACUACCAGCGGGUCCAGGCAAUACAUUUUGCAGUGCAGGAGAUAAACAAGAACCCAGAUUUUCUGCCAAACAUCACUUUAGGAUUCCAGAUCUAUGACUCCUGUACAGUCCUGCAAAGGGCGCUGUCAGGGACACUGCAACUACUGAGUGGGGACGGGCAGCCUCUGCCUAAUUAUCGCUGCCGGCAAGAUGUCCAUUUGGCGGCAGUGAUUGGCCAUUCUAUUUCUACAUACACCAUCCAGCUGGCUCACAUUCUAGGGCUGUACCAGUAUCCACAAAUCAGCCACUUCUCCACAAGCUCGCUUCUCAGCAACCGUGUACAGUUCCGCUCCUUCUUUAGAACAGUCCCUAGUGAUGCCUUUCAGUCCCAGGGUCUGGCUCAGCUGGUGCUGCAUUUUGGGUGGACCUGGGUUGGACUAGUAGCCACUGACAAUGACUAUGGACAACAAGGUAUCCAAAUGAUCAAGAGAGAUAUUCUAAAAGCCGGUGCUUGUGUGGCCUUCACAGAGAAUAUUAUUACCAGCCAGCAAGACCGAAAUGCCCCACAUGUUGUUGGGGUCAUUAAAGAAUCAUCGGCCACAGCAGUGGUCAUCUUUUCCACCGAUAUAGACUUAGUCUACGUUCUUGAUGAGAUGUUGAGACAAAAUAUCUCAGGGAAGCUAUGGAUUGCCGGUGAGGCUUGGGCAACUUCUCCUUUCUUAUCAAUAAACAAGUAUUCUAGACUUCUUGUUGGAACCAUUGGUUUUGCCCUACACAGCGAAAGCAUGCCAGGCUUUGGAGAUUUCCUCAACAGCAUCCACCCAUCUAUGCCUGUGGGAGGUGAAUGGAUAAAAAUAUUCUGGGAGGAAGUUUUUAGCUGUAAAUUCCCAGACAAGAAAAACUUCACAGCCUCUUCGCAAUCAUUAAUUCCUGAAUGUACUGGUGGAGAAAGUCUAAAAAGCCUACAGAACAGUUAUAAUGAUAUCUCUGGCUUGAGGGUAACUUAUAACAUCUACACAGCCAUCCGUGUUGUAGCCAAAGCUCUGCAAGAUUUGGGCAACUGCAGGAACGGAAACGGGCCAUUUGCUAAUGGGUCAUGCACUGAUGUCAGGAACUUCCAACCAUGGCAGCUAUUACACUACAUGAAGAAGGUGCAUCUGAGGAUGACCAGCGGCAGAGAACUCUUCUUCAAUAAGAAUGGAGAUCCACCUGCGCAGUAUGACAUAGUGAAUUGGCAGCUGAGUCCAGAUGGAAGACUCCAACAGGUUACAGUGGGAAGUUAUGACACCAGCGUCACCACUGGAAAUGUGUUCAUCAUCAACACUAGCUCUGUACAGUGGGGCACUGGAGUAAAGAGGGUCCCUCUCUCGGUCUGCAGUUCUAGCUGUCCACCAGGAUUUAGGAAAGUGGCCAAAAGAGGGGAACCGGUGUGUUGUUACCAAUGCAUCCCUUGCCCUUAUGGAGAGAUUUCCAACCAAUCAGGUGAGUAUUCAGUAGAUUGUACCAAAUGCUUGUGGGAUACGUGGCCAGAUCCAGCACAAGAUAACUGUGUUCCAAAGACCAGAGAAUUUCUGGCCUUUGAAGAUCCUUUGGGGGCCACUUUAACUGUGACAAGUAUCUCCUCAUCAUUAGUUCCCAUGGCAAUCUUUGGACUUUUUAUUCAUUAUAAGAACACACCCAUUGUCCGAGCCAAUAACUAUUAUUUAAGUUGCCUUCUUCUGGUGUCAUUAUCCCUUUGUUUCCUCUGCUCGCUGGUUUUUAUUGGUUACCCCAAUCCUCAGAAAUGUCUUUUACGCCAAGUUGCAUUUGGCAUUGUGUUUGCCCUUUGUGUGUCCUGCAUCUUGGCCAAAACCAUUAUGGUCGUCAUAGCCUUCAAAGCCACAAAGCCAGGUAGCUGCAUGAGGAAAUGGACAACUUCCAAAGUAUCCUAUUUUGUCAUCGUUCUAUGUAUCAUUACUCAAUCCUCUAUCUGCGUUAUGUGGCUGAUGUUGUCCCCUCCUUUUCUGGAACUCAAAACAGAAAUUAAAUUCGGAGUAAUCAUUGUUGAAUGUAACGAGGGGUCACAGAUUGCCUUCUGGAGCAUGCUGGGAUAUCUUACUCUUUUGGCCACCAUUAGUUUCAUAGUUGCCUUCUUGGCCAGGACACUUCCUGACAGCUUCAAUGAAGCCAAGUUCAUCACCUUCAGCAUGCUGGCCUUCCUCAGUGUCUGGGUGUCCUACAUCCCGGCCUCCCUCAGCUCAAAGGGCAAAUACGCUGUGGCCAUGGAGAUAUUCGCUAUCCAGUCAUCGAGUUGGGGUCUGGUUAUUUGCAUGUUUAUACCUAAAUGUUUUAUUAUUCUGUUCAGACCCCAUAUGAACUCCAGAGAACAUCUCAUGGGGAAAGAGAAGAAUCAGACUGAUAAAGUUAAAAAGAUCUGAAACCUCAAAAACAUUUGUUUACUGG